AUGCCUCUUUAUGCCAUGUUCAUGAAGGAAUUAUUGAGUAACAAGAGGAAUUGGAAGGAAAUUGAGACAGUGGUGUUGACAAAGGAAUACAGUGCCAUCAUUCAGCAUAAGCUUCCUGAGAAAAUGCAGGAUCUGGGAAGCUUUUUUCCUUUGGGAGUUGUUGAGGAUUUACUUGUGAAAGUGGGUUUGUUUAUUUUUCCUGUUGAUUUUGUUAUAUUGGAUAUGGAAGAGGAUAAAAAUGCCUCUAUUAUUCUUGGACGACCUUUUUUAGUUACAGGUAGAGCUCUGAUUGAUGUGCAAAAGGGUGAACUAACCCUGAGGGUCAAUGAUGAAGAGGUGGUCCUUAAUGUGUUUGAAGCUAUUAAACAUCCUAAUGAUCAUGAGGGGUGUAUGAGAAUUGAUGUUGUUAAACCACUUGUUCAAGAGGUAUUUGAAGCUGAGGCACUUAAUGAUGCUUUGGAUUCUCUCUCUGAGGAUAAUUUACUUGAGAUUGAUGACUCACCACCUCUGAAAGACAUGUCUUAUACAUGCCCAAAGCUGAGGAAAGAGUUCCUAAGCUUGAGUUGA